GAUCCAUUUUCACCUCUAUCUACUUUUUCAUUCCCUUCUCUCCUUCCUUUAAUAUUGCUAGCUAUUUUUAUACUAUCUCCGUCUCUCGCUUUCCCCUCUCUCUUCUCACCAGCCCCACCACCACCGUCACCUUCACCACCCGACGCUUCGACAGAUCGAGAAUAGGGGCAGAGAAAUCAGCAGCACAGCCCGUGAGGGUUCUUGUUUUUAUAAUAGAUAGAUGGGUUCGUCGGCUGGUUCAGGGAACAGCUACGAUUACUCUUUCAAGAUACUGUUGAUCGGCGACUCCGGGGUGGGGAAGAGCAGUCUGCUUGUCAGCUUCAUCUCCAGCCAUGUCGACGAUCUUGCCCCGACAAUCGGAGUGGAUUUUAAGAUUAAACAUCUUACAGUUGGUGGGAAGAAGCUGAAGCUCACAAUAUGGGACACUGCUGGGCAGGAGAGAUUUAGGACGCUAACUAGUUCUUAUUAUAGAGGUGCUCAAGGAAUCAUUCUAGUUUAUGAUGUGACACGGCGAGAAACUUUUGCAAAUUUAGCUGAUGUAUGGGCCAAGGAGGUGGACUUGUACUCCACUAAUCAAGACUGCAUCAAAAUGCUUGUUGGAAAUAAAGUUGACAAGGAAACUGAAAGGAUGGUGACAAGAGAAGAGGGAAUUGCUUUUGCACAAGAAUAUGGAUGUUUGUUUCUUGAAUGCAGUGCAAAAACACGAGCAAAUGUGGAAAAAUGUUUCGAAGAACUUGCAUUAAAGAUUCUGGAGGUUCCUAGUCUUUUGGAAGAAGGAUCUGCGACUGUGAAGAGGAAUAUUUUGAAACAGAAACCGGAAUACCAUGCAAGCCCUGGUGGGGGUUGUUGCUCGUAAAUCAAGAUAAAUGGCCCUCGACUUGAAGAAUUAACCGGCUGUUCAGAAUCUCCUGAGCAGUGUAAUGACAUGCAAUCAGCUCAACAAAGCCUGCUCUAAGGUGAUGUAAAUGAGUUGAAUUUAUUUCCUCAUUCGUGUCUUAUCAAUUUAGGAGUGGGUCCGAGUGGAGAAUGAAAAAGAUUGAUUGUAUACAUACGCUUCUGAUUUGUUUAAAGUGCUUUCCGUUUGAUGCUUGUGUCAGUUUGAAACGCGAAAAGUUGACAGAUUAUCCGGAAAAAAAAAAAAAGUAUUCCCAGUUGGAACAAAGUGUCCCUAUAAGGCCGAUUUCUUGACUGUG